CCCGCCUCUCCUCUCUUCACCAUGGCGCCCGACAGAGGUUCGUCGCCCGACAGGGACCUCUCGCCUACGACACCCAUGCUCUCGCGUACCCCAGCCUCCGACCCCAUCGCCGACGCUCGUCGCGACGGCGCAUCCACAUCCGCAUCUGCGACCCCCACUGUUGCCCAGGCACAGCGUCGCAAUGCCCAGGACACACUGGCGGCGCGCGCGUCGGCACCACAGAACUUCACGCUGCGCGGCGUGCUCGUCGGCCUCGCCAUCGGCAUCGUCAUCUGCUUCUCCAACAUGUACUUUGGCCUGCAGACGGGCUGGGUUAGCAGCAUGGCCAUGCCCUCGGCUUUGCUGGGCUUCGCUUGGUUCCGGCUCGUAUCGAAACAUCUGCGGCUCCCCUUCUCACCUGUCGAAAACGUCCUCAUACAAUCGGUGGCUGGUUCGGUCGGAACGGGACCACUGGGCUGCGGCUUCGUUGGGGUGGUACCCGCGUUGCAGUACUUGUUGAAGCCAGAAGAGAAUGGACCUCUGGACAUCGGCUUAUGGAAGCUGGUGCUCUGGGCCGUAGGCAUAUGCUUCUUUGGUUGCGUCUUUGCGGUGCCUUUGAGGAGGCAAGUCAUCAUCCGGGAGAAACUCAAGUUCCCGAGCGGGACGGCUACGGCACUCAUGAUCGGGGUAUUGCACGGAGAUCAGGGCAAGGGUGCAGUGAUCCUGCAGGAUGACAACAAAACGGCGAGAGGGACCUCUGAAGAGAACGAAGAGGAAGUUCAUCUCCUUGCUGGUGGUGCAUCGACUGCGCCUGCCGGGGAUGAGUCUCCGCUGCAGACCUACCCGGAACAGACAUAUGACGACGAAUCAGGGACCGGUCUAGACCAAAGCAGUGAUUGGAGGGCUAAGAUAAGGCUACUGAUUGUAUCUUUUGGGGUCUCCGCUGUCUAUACCAUCUGUACCUAUUUCGUCCCCCAACUCCGUCAUCUUCCUAUUUUUGGCUUGACGCUCGCAAAGGACUGGUUGUGGACGCUCAACCCUUCACCGGCCUACAUCGGGCAAGGAAUUAUUAUGGGCCCUGAGACCACGCUGCACAUGCUUCUCGGUGCCGUUCUGGGCUGGGGGAUCUUGUCGCCCUUGGCCAAGCACAAAGGCUGGGCCCCCGGCCCAGUUAGUGAUUGGGAAACAGGUAGCAAAGGCUGGAUUGUCUGGGUCAGUCUAUCCAUCAUGCUGGCGGACUCGCUCGUCAGUCUUGGCUGGCUUGUCCUCAGACCACUUGUCGGUUACGGUCGGCUUUGGUUGCCACGGCUGCAGGAUCGUGUACGACGUGGGUCGUGGAGGGACGUCUUCUCCUUUGAAGCCAGCUCGCUCAAGGGAUAUUCGGCAAUUAGAGAUCAUUCCGACCAGGGCAGCGGCAAAGAUACAGCAGCUUCCGCCGAAGUGGAUGCUCCUCCGGAGCACCUCAUCUCGACGCGCACCACUCUUAUCGGCCUUGUAUUGUCUCUGGCCCUCAGCAUUGGUGCGGUGCACUAUGUUUUCGGUAACCUCGUUCCAAUAGGUCUCAAUAUCCUUUCUCUCCUCCUUGCAUUGUUGCUUUCCAUUAUGGGGGUGAGAGCCCUCGGCGAGACCGAUCUCAACCCCGUUUCAGGUAUCUCCAAGCUCACGCAGCUAUUGAUCGCCAUUGCCAUCCCGCACGCAUCCACAAACAAGAAUGCUGUCGUCAUCAACCUUGUAGCCGGCGCCAUAACCGAGUCGGGGGCUCUCCAGGCAGGAGACCUGUUGCAGGACCUGAAGACAGGCCACCUGCUAGGAGCCGCGCCCAACGCGCAGUUUUGGGGCCAGAUGAUUGGAUCGGCUGUCGGGGCUGUGCUCUCGGCGUUUGUGUACAAGCUGUACACCAGCGUGUAUGAUGUUCCCGGGAAGUUGUUCGAGAUCCCCACGGGGUUCGUCUGGAUCUUCACGGCGAGGCUGGUCACGGGCAAAGGGCUGCCGGCGAUGGUUGCACAGUGGGCGAUCGGCGCAGGGUUGGUCUUUGCGCUUGGUACGGCGGCGAGGGUGUGGGAGGCUGGCAGGCAAGGCGGAAGGAAGUGGACGAGAUUUGUUCCAGGGGGGAUAGCGGUAGCAGUGGGCAUGUACAACACUCCGUCGUUUACGCUGGCGCGGGCGGUUGGCGGCAUGGUGAGUCUCUGGUGGCGACGGUACAGGGGCAGGCAGGAAACGCCGGUGAUAGUGCUGGCAUCGGGACUGAUCCUGGGUGAGGGGCUGUUCAGCAUCGUGAACUUGUGUCUGGCGAGCGCCGGAGUACCUCACACGUGAAAGUAGACAAAUGGAAGUCGAGGAUGGCGGAGUCUGCUCCGCGCGCCAGAUGAUUGGUCGGGCCCGGCUCCGGGCGUGGCGGGCAGCGGACGGAGUAUACUCC